UGUCAAGUCAGGAAGUGAGCUUUUAUCCUGUCCGUGCCGUGAUGAUUACGGUCCGUGUUUUCUUCGAUCUUUGAUGUGUACAAAUCUUAAAAUUUUAUUAAAUAUUGGAGUAAAUUUUAAUCAAACAAAAUACAAUUUAAAUUGGUUAUUGUUUUAGGGCAACGUAACCUCAUCAAUAAUUACUUAUUUAGCCAGAUUCAUUUAACGAGUCAGUGUCAUCUUUACUGGAACGUAAAGUAAGGGUUUGGCUAAGUGGAGUAAUUGACGACAUGAGACGUAGCAGUCCUGUGCAACAAUGGCUAGAUUCUCUUCCUGCUGAGCCCGAGCCAGAAGCAGACAAACCAGAUGAAGCUGAAAGCAAGGAAGCAAAAUCUGAUGAAAGUAAAGUUGAUGACUCAGUGACUGAAAACACUGUUGUGGAAGUUGCUACGGAGAAACUACAUGAAGAACAAAAUUUAGAAGUUCCUAACUCUAAAGACACAUGGAAACGCAAAUCACUAGAAAGUGGAGUACUGACUAGUAUCCCUCAGGGAAAUGUCAAAAGACUACAGCGAGAUUACUCUGUGCAAUCAGAAGGUUGCUCACCUCGAUUUAAAAACCCUUUAUUAAGGGAUCAUUCUCUUCAGUCUGAUGCAAGUGGCUCAAGCAGCAGCUCUGUUUUGAACGUACUGGGAGCAAGAAAGGUUGAUGCCGAGUCAGUUUUGCUGGCAUUAGGAUUUGGACCCAGUGAAAAGCAGCAAAAACUACAGCGAAUACCAGACAGAUUUUUAGCUCCAUCAAAGCUUAAAGGAAUCAGCACAGAAGAAUUUAUAAAGAAUGAACAUCACUCCAUGAGAAUGCAUGAUUGCGGUAUAUUUGGAUACAGAGGUCUUACAGGGAAUCCUCAUGUUCCACCGUCGACAAUUGUAGCUAAAAUAAUAGACUGCAUACUACAGGAUGAGGUAUGUCGGGAGGAAGCCCUUAUGAAGACUCGCCACUCAAUAGCAGACAUGCGAAGUCCCCUCGCUGCGAACCCUAUGCUGACGUCUCGAUUGCAACACCAAUGAAUUUUAACAAUUCCCAUUGUGGCCAAAGAUAUUUUAUAUUUGCAAGCUCCGACAUUAAUUUAUAGAUUCUUUGCCAUAAUAUUUUACUUAAUUAUUUGUUAACGGAGUCCUUGGAAAGUUUAUUUGAAAUAUAAAAAAAAAUGUGCAAUAAUUAUUCGUUAAAGUAAUGUUUCUCAAAGUAGGACUUAACUUGACUGUUCCUACUGAGCGCGAUUGUGCAAUAUUAAGCUCAUAAAUAUGUACCUCUAUCCGAGUGAUGUAAUACAUAAUAUAAUUAUGUUCUAAAUUUUACGUAAAACAAUAGAUAGUAGUAUAUAAAAGAGAGGGAAACUGAAUAUAAAAAUAAGGGUAGAAAGUAAAACCACUGUGAUCUUAAAAUCAAAAAUAUAUUUUCUAUUAGUAAAUUAUGGUGGUUUCGAAUCAAUCUUCUAGCGAAUCUAUGGAAUUUAUUAUUCUUAUCUAAAGAGCUUAUGGUUGGUAGAUAGUAUUUUAUCUAAUUUUUAUCUUUAUCUUUAUAUUUUUAAUGUAAUUUAAAAACAUGUUCACUUAUACUUGAUCACUAAGUAAAAUAGACAAAUUAUAAUCUUCCUAUAUGCAAGUACUUUUAUGUGUGUUUUAUGUGUACUUGUUAUUGAUAAACCUUGCCUCAAAAAUAAAUUUAUUUAUCUUGAGUAUUUAUAAAGUAAUAAAUGUACAAAACUACUUAAUAAUUAGUAUUAGUGUGGUAUUAGUUUAGAAAGUAUAUUAUUGUGUAGCAGUUUGUUUUGUUUAUUAUUAUGCUUUGCUCACGUUACUUAAAGAUACAUCACAGGGUUGUAUGUAUUUUUAAGUCUAGGCUGUGGUUGUUUUUUACUACUUAUGUUUAUUGAAUUUUCUUAAAAUCUUUUAAAUAACAAAUGAUUGCUUUAUGAAUCAAUGAUUUAAUUUUAUUGUCUUUAUUCUUUAUGUUAAGUUUAUUAUUUAUUGCAGUCUAUCCCACUAGUCCCAUAAAGUUGUCUCAUGGUGGGACAAGUGAAACGAUUUGUUCUAGUAGUCUAGCUUUCACGUAUUGCGAAAUACAGCCCCGUGUCAGAGAGACAGCGCACACCUGUAAUACCUUUUUUACCGUUAAGGGAAAAUGAAGUUAAACCUAACAUACGAAAUUUAAGUUCUUAUGCGACUAUAUUUUAUUAUUAAUUUUUAUUGAAAGUAAUUUUUUUCUACGCCAUGUACCAAAGUUAUUUUGAUAUUUUGGCUGGUGUUUAAAAAACCAUCUGUAGGUAUAUAAUUUUGACAUACGCUCAUGGCCCUUUGUGUAUUGGAGCACAGCUCGAGGGAUACCGUUGCGUUGCCCAAGUUAUUUUUGACGCUGGUAACUGAACUGACACAAUUUUAGGCUCGCAGGUGGUAAGCCAGCUACUACAUAAAGCACCUAAUAAAUAUAUACUAGGUAGGUAUUUAUGAAAUAAUGUCUAUUAUCAUCGGAUUUUUAAAUUUAUUAGUCUGUUUUUUUUUUCAAAUAUACUUAAGUACUACUGUUUGCAAUUUUUCUAUAUGAGUAUUGUAUUUUUUCUAUAGAAUUUGAAUGUAUAUAGAUUUUAGUAAUUAUUCUUUUUUUGAUUGGUAAGUUCGUAAGCCACAAAUUGGAACGUUGAUAACCAUUUCAUUUGGAUAAGGGAUGCGUUACUUGCAAGAAUUGAAGUUUGGGUGUCGUUUAUGGUGCCUUAUCAACAAAAUUAUAAGAGUUUGUGUGAAAAGUCAGUUACAAAUAAAUUAGAAACUGAUAAAGUUGACUGGUAUAGGUAUACCUACUCAAAUGUGUUCAAUUACGAAAAUAAAAUAACGUAGAUACCAGAUGUGUGGAGACAAACAUAUCAUAAUUAUAGAUAGAUGAACAAGGAACUAAAUGGAGUUCUAAAUCAGCAAAUUAACCCAAACAACAAAUAAAGUCAAAUACACAGGCAAAGGCCAUCAGAAUAAUAUAGAAGCAAGUUUUAUUUUUAAGUACUUACGUAUUCAAAAUGUUUGCACUUAAGAAACAAAUUACAUACAUACGUAUGUAUACAUAUAAUCACGUCUAUAUCCCUUGCGGGGUAGACAGAGCCAACAGUCUUGUAAAGACUGAAUGGCCACGUUCAGCGAUUUGGCUUAAUGAUAGAAUUGAGAUUCAAAUAGUGACAGGUUGCUAACCCAUCGCCUAAAAAAGAAUCCCAAGUUUGUAAGCCUAUCCCUUAGUCGCCUUUUAUAACUUCCAUGGGAAAGAGAUGAAGUGAUCCUAUUCUUUUUUUUCGAAUGGUGCCGUAAACCACACGGCACAAGAAACAAAAUCUUAUAAAAAUAUAUGAGCGUUCAUAUAUUUUUAUAAGAUUUUGUUUCUUCGUUACUCUACUUACUUUUUAAACAAACUCUUAAACUUUUCUAAACAAAGAUUAUGUAACUCUUUUAUGAAUUUGAGAAAUAUGUCAUGUAAAUAUCACAGAGUGCUUUUGUCAUAUUUGUUGGAAAGGGAAGUUUUGUGGGAUCAAAGAUGUGGCAAAUAAAAAAUAAAAGCAUAUUAAAUCUGGAAA